AGCAGAUGGCAUGGGUACCAGCUAUGGCAGUUGGCAUCGGUGUCAUUUCUCUAAGAGCGACGGAGAGGUGAGAGAAUCGCAUUUGGCCGGGCGCGCCUGCAGCAGGCAGGAGAAGCUCUUAACACUGAGAAAAAUGGACAUCGCCUGUUGACCCAGAGGAUCCAGCAGGAUUACAAUGCUGACUUUACCGUUUGAAGAACCGGUGAUGAUGGACACGCAGUUCGUGGCAAACUUUCCGCGGGACUGCGUGGGCGAGGCGAAGGUCACCAAACACGACGCCUUCAAAAAAGAAGAGCUGCUCUCACACACGGACCUUAAGGCGAUGGACGACGACGAGUCGGAGAAGGACGAGGACGAGCGGGACGAGGGCCCAGACGAGCACGACGCGCCACGCAGGCGAGGGCCACGCAAAAAGAAGCUGACCAAAGAGCGGAUCGACCGCGUGAAGCUAAGGCGCAUGGAGGCCAACGCGCGCGAGAGGAACCGCAUGCACGGCCUCAACAACGCGCUGGACAGCCUUCGCAAAGUGGUGCCGUGCUACUCAAAAACGCAGAAACUGUCCAAGAUCGAGACGCUGCGUCUAGCCAAAAACUACAUCUGGGCCCUUUCGGAGAUCCUCAGCACUGGUAAGAGACCUGACCUCUUGAGCUUCGUACAGACGUUGUGCAAGGGCCUUUCCCAGCCCACAACCAACCUCGUGGCGGGAUGCCUGCAGCUCAACGCCCGCAGCUUCAUCUCCGAUCACGGCGCCGAGGCGUCCUUCUCGGCCAGAUCGCCGUACGACGCCGUGUACCCGGCUUACCACGACGACCUGGCAACUACCGGGCACGGCGGAAGUGGAGGAAGUGGCGGGGCGGACGGUGCCAAACCCUUCAGGCCGUACGGCUACUGUGGCGCCUACGAGUCAUUCUACGAGUCGGCGUCUCCUGAGUGCGCGAGCCCGCAGUUUGACGGACCGCUUAGCCCGCCGCUGAACUUCAACGGGAUUUUCUCGCUCAAACACGAGGAGCCGGGUGACUAUGGGAAGAGCUGCCAUUACGGCAUGCGCUACUGCGCUGUACCGGGUCGCUCCUCCAUCAGCCAGAGCGCGGUGGCGCGCGCCUCCUCCGACCUGCACUUCCCUUACGACCUCCACCUGCGCGGCCAAUUCUACCCUGCGCAGGACGAACUGAACGCCUCUUUUCAUAAUUAG